AUGUCGGAAAGCGAAGUCCCCAAUCAGAGGACUGGCAGCAGUAGAGAUGGAUCGCGCAUGUCCGUGGCCAUCGUUGGCACCGGCAUGGCUGGCCUGGUGACCGGUUACCUCCUGCAGAACGACGAGAACAAGAAAUUCGACAUCGAAGUUUUCGAAUCGCAAGAGGCACUGUCUCUCAAUGCUGAAGGGGAAACCAUCAAAUCAAAGAAUGGACAGGGGACCUUCCAUAUAAGCCAUCCAAUGCGAGUCUUUGAUGAUGGCUAUUAUAAGUAUAUGACGCUCAUGUAUAAGCAUCUCGGCAUCGAGUGUGAUCCACUCAAGUUCCUGUUCAGCUACUCCUUCAUAUCCAAGGCACAGCCAAGUCCGAGUACCGAGCAUGCACCGGACCAGGCCCAGGAGGAAUUAGCACAGCCUAAGGUAUCAUUCCUCUAUUCGUCGAACAACCACCGUCUCCCACCACUCCGUCCGGGUGGGCAGAGUUUCUUCUCAUGGCUCUCGGAACUCAUCUAUGUUGCAUUCUUCUUCGGUUGGUUUAUUCUCGCUUGUUUCUGGAUAGAUGCUCGUAAGACCAAGGCGGCCGGCCAAGAUGAUCAAAUCGAAACGAUGGAGGAAUACUUCAACCGUGUCCGUCUUCCACGGCAUUUUGUGUAUCGAUACAUCCUACCCCCUUUCGCUACUUUGUCAACAUGCAACCAUGCCGAGAUGCUCAGUUUUCCGGCCAAUGACAUAGUACAGUAUGUCCGACGCACGCAUAGAGCACCGCAUUACCUCGUACGUGAAGGAACUCAGGUAGUCGAAGAUACCCUCUCAAAGGGUCUGAACGUCCGUCUCGGAGCCCGCGUCACCUCCGUCCGUCCAGCCGGCUCUUCGGUCCUGGUAUGCUGGGAAUCAACCUCUUCUGCCUCUGAACUUGCCGGUGAAAAGAUACCACCUAUGUCCAGCUGUCAAAGAAAAUUCGACCGCGUCAUCCUAGCCGUGCCGCCAAAUGUAGUGGGAACCAUCUUUGAACCGCUCCGGGAAGAAACAUCUCUCUUACCCACAAGAUCAGUCGAAUCUCUAAUCCACACGGAUGCUUCCACCUUGCCAAACAUCUUUUCGGAGCCAGUCAAGGCACAAACGACAUCUAAGGAAGAAGUUGAAUUGGGUCAUUUCCGCUCCACGGUCGAAUCAACGGAGUCCAUACAUGAACAUCCCUCGUCAUAUAUAAUAACCACCUGCCCCAUAUUACCCAUUGACCCCAGCAAGGUUAUGCGUCGCUCAUAUUUCACCCGAACAUUACGCACUCCUCAAAGUAGGGCGAUAGUCAAUCGUAUUUUUGAUAAGUCGGCCACCUCUGAUGGACAAGCAGUGGACAAGCCUGCCGGAUGGCGUAAUGGGGAUGGGAAUGUUUUCCUGGUUGGCAGCUGGUGCUGGGAUGGGAUGGUUCUUCUAGAAGGAUGUGUUGUAUCUGCCAUGCGCGCUGCCGAAGACUUCGGUGUUAAAGUUCCUUGGGCCAAAUCCUAA